AAAAGGAAAAGCUCCGGUAACACAGACCUGUAACCCCUUGAUGUCAGGACUACAAAAUUCAGUUAGAGAAAUUAUGUCCUUAGCAAGACCCAGCACCAAUCUAUGUUUAUGCAUCAAAGUAUCCAUAAGAAAAAAAUGUACUUCGGGUUUGGGCUUCGGCCACUUGGCUAAACGCACUAAGAAGGUCAGGAUUGUGGGGAGAUACAGGACCCGCUAUGGUCCCUCCCUCUAGAAAAUGGUGAAGAAAAUUGAAAUCAGCCAGCACACCAAGUACACUUGCUCCUUCUAUGGCAAGACCAAGAUGAAGAGACGAGCUGUUGGCAUCUGGCACUGUGGUUCCUGUGGGAAAACAGUGGCCAGCGGGGCCUGGACUUACAGUACCACCUCUGCAGGCACAGUGAAGUCUGCCAUCAGAAGCCUGAGGGCCUUGAAAGACCAGGAGAAGCCCUCCCUACCAUCUGAGACCUGCCUGGCCUGCAAUAAAUGGGUUAGUUUACAGAAGAAAAAAGAAAAAGAAUCCCAACCUCGAGUGAAGUGCGGCUCAUUCGGUAACCGGGGAAACGGAGCCACUAAAACCGGACUCCUGGACUCUCCAACUUCCCAGAGUCCAUGA